UAAAACAAAGGAUUUUAACCCUCUCUUCCCUUCCCACUCCAGACAAGUUGAGAAAGCGAACAAGAAACAGAGAAAGAAAGAAGGAUUCUACAAGGGUGAUAAAAGGGGUUUUGUGCAGAGAGAGAGAGGGUGGCGACCGUAGACGCAGAAGAAGGAGGGACGCGCUCUAGUCUUCUCCAAGAGCUUCUCUCAUCACUGUUUGCAAAAGUAUUUGGUAAAAACCAAGAACAAUCCGACGAAGAAGAAGAAGAACCUGAAAUGGAGUCGAGAGCUGAUGUUCCUCAUCAACAGCUAAGAGGAGAGGUGAAACAGAAGAACGUUGCAGCUGAUGGAAGGAAUAGAAGAGUGCUUAAAGACAUUGGUAAUUUGGUGAAUGAUCGAGCCCUGCAAGGGAAGAAACCAUUUACAGAUGUUAGUAAUGUGGUUGGAGCUGUGAGAGGUCCAGUGGCAACAAGGGCAGCUGCAAAAAAGCUAGUUGAGAAGAAGCAGGUACCUGAGACUGUGAUUGUGAUAAGCUCUGAUGAAGAAAGUGAGAAUAUUAAACCUGUUAGCAGAAGAGUAUCAAAAGAAGGGUUUUCAAGGAAGGAAGUCAAAACCCUAACUUCCAUCCUGACUGCAAGGAGCAAGGCUGCUUGUGGACUUGCCAAAAAGCCAGAAGAUUUACUGGUGAACAUUGAUGCCGCUGAUGUUGAAAAUGAGUUGGCUGUGGUUGAAUAUGUUGAUGAUAUCUACAAGUUCUACAAGCUCACAGAAGCUGAUGGUAGGGUGCAAGACUAUAUGCACUUGCAGCCCGACAUAAAUGUAAAGAUGAGAUCAAUUCUUGUGGAUUGGUUGAUUGAAGUUCAUCGCAAAUUCGAACUCAUGCCAGAAACUCUCUACCUUACCUUAAAUAUAAUUGAUCGAUUCCUUGCUGUCAAGGUUGUACCAAGGAGGGAACUUCAAUUGGUUGGCAUCAGCUCAAUGCUCAUUGCAUGCAAGUAUGAAGAAAUAUGGGCACCAGAGGUCAGUGACUUCAUUUGCAUAUCAGAUAAUGCCUAUAUCAGAGAACAGGUUCUUACAAUGGAAAAAGCUAUCUUGGGAAAGUUGGAAUGGUAUUUAACUGUUCCUACACCAUAUGUCUUCCUUGUUAGAUAUAUCAAAGCGUCGGUUCCAUCUGAUAAGGAGAUGGAGAAUAUGGUGUUUUUCCUAGUUGAACUUGGUCUGAUGCAAUAUCCAGUGGUUAUCAUGUACUGCCCCUCAUUGAUCGCUGCAUCUGCUGUGUAUGCCGCUCGUUGUACCCUUGAUAAGAGCCCCUUUUGGACUGAAACUCUAAAGCAUCACACAGGAUACAGUGAAAAUAUGCUAAUGGAUUGUGCAAAGCUUCUGGUUAAAUUUCAUUCAGCCGCUGCUGAAAGCAAACUCAAGGCUGUUCAUAAGAAAUUCUCAAGUACAGAUCGUGGAGCUGUGGCUCUUCUUACCCCAGCAAAAAGUCUUUUGGCACAAUCAUCCUGAAGAACUCAGAAAAACAAGAUAUCUUUUUGAUGGUCUAAUUUCCAUAUUGUCAGCUUUUGUGGUCCGUGGUUAGUGAGUGAUAAUCCUUUUUGGGGUGGUGAGUGUGGUAGUGAAGGUGUGUAACAAUGCUUGAGUUGAGUUUAUUGUCAGUGUUCAUAGGAAGAUCAUGCUUCUUUUGUGAUCUGUAGUUAGUGUUAUUAACAUCUUUCUUUUGGUGAAAGAUUUGUGAAGUGUGAAUGCUUGAUUUUUGAAUAUCAGAUUUGUUUUGUAUA